UCAGCCAGAAUCAAAUAGUGAAACAAUUUCUGGCAGAAGUGACAAGGGCUCGGAUCAUUCGGUUCCAGCCAGUUAACUAUUAUAUUCACAAAGUUCUCAGAGUGGAAGUGUAUGGAACAAAAACACCUGCAUAAAGUGGAAUUCUCCCGAUGCCAAUGGCUGCCCAGUGAGUAUGUUCUCAGUAUACUACAAAGCUAUCAAAUCACGAAAUGAAGAAAGCGCUUGGCAUCGUAUCAAUACAUCGUCGGAUGCAAAUGAGCUGAGCUGCAGUAGUCUCCCACUUGAAUGUGGCACAGAUUAUGAAUUCAAAGUGUCUGCAUGGAAUGACGUUGGAGAAAGUACCUUCUCAGAGUCCUGGCAAGUGAAAUCCAUCACAGAUAAACCGUCUCCUCCGAUUAUAAAAAGCAAAGAAGUUCAGAUGUCUGGAUGUGAUGUGAACCUCAAGUGGGGUUCUACACAAGACAACGGCUGUCCGCUGACCAUGUAUACAGUAUAUUACAGAGAGGUGCAAUCUUUGGGUGAAGAUGAGUACUGGCAUCACAUCAAUGUUACCAUGGACUCUACUUCAACGAGUCUCACGUCGCUCAAGUGUAACUCUGAGUACACUUUUAAAGUGACAGCUUGGAAUGAACUGGGAGAAAGUAAUACCUCAAAAGAAUGGCGUAUAAAAACUGCUCAGAUCACUGACAUUUCUCGCGGACGAACCCUCAACAUUGCUGUAGGAUGUGGGCUAUUUAUUCUCUUAACUGUUGGAAUCCUUUGCUUCAUGAUCAGACAAAGGAGAAAAAAGAGGAAAAUAAUUCGAUGCCACAAAACAAGAAGAUCGAUGUCGGACAUUGUUCUCCUGCUGUUAAAAGAGAUUCCCCCGGAACGUGUAACCAUUAUGGAACAGCUGGGUCGAGGCGCCUUUGGUAAAGUACACAAAGCAAUCUUAAGAGAAAUGCCGAAGGUUGAAGUGUUUUUCAAGCCCAAAGAAGAAAGAGAGGAUCAUAUUAAAGAAGGAAGAGUUGUCGCCGUAAAACUCUUACAUGAAAGAGCUGGUGAGGAAGGGAAAGAACAGUUUGUUAGAGAAAUCUCGUUUAUGCAGCGAGUUGGUACUCACAGUAAUGUGCUAAGCAUGAUUGGUUACUGGGACAGAUCAGAGCCAAUCAUGCUAAUCCUGGAAUAUGUUCCACAUGGAGAUCUUCUGCAAUGGCUGAGGAACAAAAGGCAACGGGUAAAAUGUAAAAACGGCAUUGAUGGUGUUGUUUUUGAAUCUGUGGACGAUUUAUCAGACAGUAGUGCGAGUUCAAAUGGAGCUGCCUCAACUGGUAAGUCAGAGGACGAAGGCUUUCACGAUAGUGGAGAGAAACUCACGACUGUGCAGGAAUUCAAGGAAGUCUCCGAAAAACAAGACGUCCGCGUCACGUCGGAGGUUCUAAUGACUCUGGUAGAACAGCCAUUUACAGACAAUAAAAGGAAUGACACUGAAGUACUUGGCAUCAAAACUCCCCAAACUGAUUUUCCAUCUGGCCUCGAAGGAGAGAAAAACUCACCGAGCCAACAGUCCAAUGAAUUGAGUCACGUGGAUGUGACUUUGCCCACUGUAAGUGCAAACACUGCAUUGCUCUUUGUAAGUGCAAACACUGGUUUGGAAGAUUUUAACGCUGAUUUUCGGCCUAGUAGUGGAAGCGGAGACGAUUUGAACAUCAAGAAGGCAGAGGAUGAAAACGGAAAUGAAGAUAAAGGGAGAGAGGGAGUGAAAUCAUCGAUUGAUGAAGAGGGAACUAUCGGCAUUUCAUUUGAAAGUGCCCGUUCCUUGCCGCAGCCCCAGGAGAACAUGGAGCGACAACAAGAAACAAGUGAAGCUGGUGAGAAGGCAGUUGACUUCACUGUUCAAGAUGUACUUUGUUUUGCAUGGCAGAUAGCAAGAGGAAUGUCUUCGUUCCCUUUUUUCGGUAGUUGGUCUUUUGGUGUACUUCUUUGGGAAUUGUGCACAAUGGGUGGCAUCCCCUACCCUGGAAUAAGGAACAGAGAGUUAUUAAGACUUCUUAAGUCAGGUUAUCGAAUGGAAAAACCAGCCAUUUGCUCUGAUGAGCUAUACGAGUUAAUGUUAGACUGUUGGAGGGUAGACCCAGAGGAGAGACCAUCAUUUAAACAGCUGAUAACAAGAAUAGAAGAAAUGAUGACGAGGGACACUCCUUACUUUGAUCUGAAUGAAGACUAUGAAAGCGUUGCCUCUAACACUGAGACGACACCCGAAACUGACCAACCACAUGCGUGAUUAGUGUUUAGAUGGACAACAUUUUAAGGAAUCUAUAGUAAUAGUGAUAGAAAAUAAUUAUAAUUGAUAGUAAUAUAAAAUGUUCUCAAAAAUUGCAUCAUUGAUAAGAAAGGAAGAAAAGUUGUUAAUAAAGGAUGAAGUCCCCGAAAGGCAGCUUUAAAACAACAGAAGCUUUGAUUUCCUACCAAGAGAUUAUAAUCUCUUGUUUCGUACCUAACAUGAUUUCGUAUCUUACAUAACAGUUGUAACAUUAGGAAUAUACUUUAAUUCCAGGACUUGAAGGCUGUGGUACGAAUGGUUUGCAGUGUUUGAGUAUUGUACAAAACAACCCCCUCCCCUCCCCGUUUGCCUCUUUAAUUGGAGAAAAAGUGCUCUGAGUGUAACAUGACUUACCCUCCUUCCCUCCUGUGUACUCUAUCUUUGUCUCAAUGAGUCACUCGCUAACCAUCCCUGAGUUAUGUUUUGUAGUUGCCUAAAAUUAAAUAUCUAAAUCCUU